AUGCGCUUAUAUGAAUAUGGGCACAGUAUUCGCACAUGUCGCAUAUUUGCACGAGUUACAAUCAAGAAAUGGCCAGCGCAAAAAUUGAGACAAUUGGCAACAGCUGCGCCGCUACAAGUGGAAAAAUAUGAUAUCGCUUGUGGUAUCUCGGGACACAUUACCGUCGACCCGAACCGUGAAGCAAAGACCCCCGGUAUGGCAUUCCAAAUUAUUCGAGAUAAUUCACGCAUCACGUGUGGAAAACGAUCAAGUGGUCUUCCUCCCCUGGUAGCUGUCUUGGCUUCGGUUCAUGAUACACUUCAAACGUAUAGUUGGCUAUUGAAAAGUUACCUGCCCUCUCUGUUACAGGAGCCUAAACCUCUGGAUUCAACCUAUUUUUACAACAAUCCAAAACCAAUCCAACGACCACUUCUAAUCUAUGGAUCAUACCUUGGCGGUACUCUUGCCACCUCUCUCGCCCUCACAGAAUCGUUUACCUCUUCCUUCUCACCCACUAAGAUCCAUUCUCUCAUAGUGCAUAAUGGAAUUUUUGACUGGACUCCCAUCUCUACCACACCUGACCCCUCAAUCUUUCACUCUGCAUCCGCAGAUUCAUCACAAAAUCUUUCCUACAAUCGCCUCUCAACAUUAGACUUAUACGAAAGCUCUCCCUGGACAACUCUGACCCUCCACGCCCUCAAAACUCGUCUCUUUUCAUCUCCAUCUCAGACCUUUGAUCCCUUCGCUUCGCCCAUCCUCUUCUUUCGCACCUCCGGCAUCUCGGUUCCACAAAGAUGGCCCAUUCCUCCCCCCGCUUCUCCACCCCCCUCAUCCAUUUCACCCACUGAGACAUCUAGUUCUGAAAGUACAGAUUUUAUCGAAGCCAACGACUUCUCCCCCUAUCCUGAUCCCCAGUUUCCAUACCCGGAUCUCUCAAACGAGUACGCAACCGAAGAAGAAGAAGAAGAGCCACAUGAAGCCCUUUUCGAAUCCCGAAAAUCAAAUCUUCUCUUCCCACCUGCUAAAUCAUCGUUACGGAUACCAAGAUCGUUGUUUACUUACUCUUCUUUUCUGUUUGCUGGAGAGAAAGCAUAUGAUAUAUCACAAGACAUAUCACAGGAUGAGGGAAAGAUUGAAGAAAAAGAUGAAGGAGAAAAAGAAAACAAUAUCUUUAAACAACAAGCUCAAGAAUUAACAAAGUUAAUGAGAAGAAGUGUAGUAAUGCAUGAAUUGAAAGAAAGAGUGCAAUGGGAUGAAGAUUGUGAUGCGGAUGAGACUGCGAAGGAGAGGGUUACUGAGAUGGAGGUUGGAGAUGCGGGAUGGGAUGGGGCGGUGGAGAGGGAUACGGUGGUCAGAGAGUGGAUUGAUGAAGGGGGGUUGUGA